CCAGUUUAUGCGCUGCUGUGAAUGUUGCCUACGAACAAAGUAUCGCGCACCUGCUGGAUCAGAUACACUACAACAGCGUUAGUAGUGAAGAGCGUGCUGCCAUUUGCUGUUGUUGAUUUUCUGGAUGGUGGGGGUGUAUCCAUUGUUCCUUGCAAGUGGUUUACAGGACCAGCAGAAGACUCUUGUUUCUGGCCACCAGGGAGAGUAAAUAUCAACAAGGUGGUAAGGGAUGAAAUCUCUCCAAAUACAGACUGGCCACAGUACAGAGUUCGCAUCUUGGGGAAAGCUGAGAGCUAUGAAAGUGCCAGAGUGAAACUGCGGAGGUCUGAGACAACAUCUGAUCUGCAGACUGAGUCAGAUUCUGGAGGGAGAUUGGGAAAAGGAAAGCGAAAGAGGAGGCCAGUGGUUCUGUCCAGCUCAGAUGAGUGGGACGAUCCUGCAGAACAACAAGAAACCUCAACACUGUCAUCAGCAGAGGAGAGAUCUUCAAGGAUAACUCCCCACCCGAAUGUCACCCAUCCAUUUGUUCAGCCACCAACACCCACAAGGCCUUCCCCUGUGGUUACACAACCAAAUCCACGACGACUUGCACAGGACACAAAUGCCAACAUGUUUGUACGUGUUCUAACCCUUUUGGAGGACAUCAAAGACACUCAGAGGGUUCAUAGUCGAAUGCUACAGUCUCUGCUGAAACAACGCGAUGGACCAGUUGCUGCUGUGUUACCCGAGGGUGCUCGGUUUCCCCUCCAGACAGUCCAAGAUGUGGAAGCACUGGAGCAAAAGUUAUUAGAUCCUGUCUUCCUGAAAGAAGUGGUUGCUGUUGUGGCAGAGAUUGGAGGAAGUACAGUUGAUGAAGCUACCAGAAGAAUGAUGGCUUUCAUAAUGGAUAAUCCCCUUUCUAGGGAAUAUAACUUUAUUGGGCGCCAUGGAAAGCGGGAAUUUAGAGGCCUUAAGCUUUUUGAAGUGCUAUAUGGACCGACAGAUCGGAAGAUGAGUGAUGAGUGGUUUGCUGUUUCUUUCUAUCAAAAAAGCUCAUACUUACAUAUUUUGAAUACUUUUGCAUCUCUGUAACCUUUUUGUCAACAUGUUCUCUAUACAAAAUAUGUUGUUUCAUAAAACUGUUUAAAAAUUGUAUAUUAAGCAUUCUUAAUAAAAAAAAAACAAACAGGCUUUGUUGUACAAGU